CAGCGACAAACGUGGAACGAUCAAAAACGAGUCAUUCAUGGCACUAUUAAUCGUCUCAAUCUCCAAACAAUAAAACCGCUCGUCCAUGACUUAUUCGCCAAAGUUAAUCUUGUUCGUCUCCGUGGCGUCCUGGCGAAAUCCAUUCUCCAAGCCGCCGUCAGUGCACCCAGCUACAAUGCCGUCUAUGCCGCCCUCGUGGCAGUCCUCAACACGAAAUUGCCAGAAGUGGGUGAACUCGUCACGAUCCGGGCCAUUCUGGCCUUUCGAAGGCAUUUUCGGCGGCGGGAAAAGACUUCCUGCGUGGCUAUGGCUCUCUUUCUUGGCCACCUGUUCCAUCAGGCCGUCACCCACGAAUUGCUCAUUUUGCAAAUCUUGACGGUACUCUUGGACGGGGAUCCGACGGACGAUUCCGUCCAAGUCGCGGUGCAGCUCUUGAGCACCACGGGUUAUGCCUUGUUGGAAGUCACACCGGCGGGAGUCCGUGCGGUUUUGGAACGUCUCCGUGGACUGUUGCAUGAAGGGUCGCUGAGCUCACGAGUCGAGUACCAAAUGGAAACUCUACUCAAGUUGCGCAAGGAAGGCUUUCGCUCGCAUCCACCCAUUCCGAAAGAAUUGGAUUUAGUCGAACAGGAUGAUCAGAUCACGUUCGAGAUCAGCUUGGAUGAUGAAGAUCUUCGAAAGCAGGAAGAGUUGGAUGUGUUUGCGGUCGACCCGGAGUAUGCGCAAAAUGAAACCGAAUGGGGUAUCAUAAGGGCCGAAAUUUUAGGAUUAGGUAGCGAUGAUGAUGAAGAAGAAGAAGAAGACUCCAGUUCCGGGGAGAGUGGUGACGAAGACGGAGCUGGCGACGAUAAUGAAGGGGAUAAGCAUGGCACAGUCGUGGUGCGAGACUUAUCCGAAGCCGAUCUGGUUCAUUUACGUCGGACUAUCUAUUUGACAAUCAUGUCGAGUGCUACGUUCGAGGAAUGCGCGCACAAACUAGCCAAGGUUGAUAUUCCAGACGGUCGUGAAGAAGAGCUUAUUAAUAUGCUGAUUGAAUGCUGUUCUCAAGAGCGUACGUUCUUGCGCUACUACGGAUUAAUCGCGUCGCGAUUUUGCUUGCUACAUGACCGCUGGAAGAAUGCAUUUAUGGAUGCAUUUGCCCAGCAGUAUACAACAAUCCAUCGACUGGAGACGAAUAAGCUGCGCAACGUGGCAAAGCUUUUCGCACAUUUAUUACACACGGAUUCGAUGCCUUGGAGCGUCCUAGCCAUUGUUCGUUUGAAUGAAGACGAGACUACUUCAUCCAGUCGUAUCUUUGUCAAGAUUCUUGUUCAGGAAAUGGCGGAAGCUCUGGGUAUCGCCAGUCUUAAGGAACGACUAGAAACGGACGAUCUUGAAAUGGCUGAAUGGUUCAAAGGAAUGUUUCCUCGUGAUAACGUGCGAAAUACGCGGUACGCAAUCAAUUUUUUUACUUCGAUCGGGCUGGGUCCUCUCACCGAUGGGCUGCGCGAGUUUUUAAAGAAUGCUCCCAAAUUGAUCAUGCAGCAGGCCAAAGUCCCGUUGGACGGACAAAAGGAGGACGAUUCCUCAGUUUCGUCUUCUAGUUCUAGUGAUUCCGAGAGCAGCUCAAGGGAUCGGUCUAGGUCCCAUUCUCAGUCUUCUCGAAGUGCAUCGUCGCGAAGUAGCUACUCGAGGUCUUCAUCACGCUCGCUGUCGAGGUUUCCUUCGCACCCGAAAAAUACACGGGGUGCUCAAAGGCGUCGACCAUCCGUUUCGUCUCGGGAUUCGAGAAGGUACAGCUCUUCCUCAUCAGCAACGAAACAGGUAGAGCAGCAGGGCCGUUCGCGAUCGGUGGAUUCUUUUGGUCGUGAACGACGGGGCUCUAAUGCCGCUAUCGAUCGACGUUUAAGAAAAUAG